AUGCACGCGGCGAUGCUACACCAGCUCCUUGAUAAGCUGACCGAGCUGCCGCUCCUGGAGAAUCUGCUGCUGAGGCAGCAUCGCGAGGAGAAAGUCGCCCCCAUUUCAUUGGGGAAUCUCUCGAUGCCGAAGCUCCAAUCGAUAUCUUCUGUGAUGACCCCCCUUGACUACGUCAGGGACGUUGGAUUCUCCUGGUCCCAGAUUACUCGUAUAUCCCUUGAACGUGUCGUCCUUCACCACCCCUCAUUCCGAGCACUACACCUCUGCCGAUCCCUCAGGUCACUACACAUCAAUAUAUGGCACUCUCCGGUACAACAACUCCAGCCAAUACUCUUACACAGUCUGGAGGACCUUCAGGUCUCCUUCGCAGACGAAGAAUAUGUCGCCAUCUUGCCAGGCGUAAUGGCUCCAGUAUUACGGGAGCUGCAUCUUGCGGUUUCCCCCUGGGACUUCUUCAAUGCCCCUUCGGUUAUUCCUCCCUUGGUUACAAUGCUGAAGAAUUCCGGCUGUCAGCUCAAGAGCCUGGAGCUCAAUUGUCGGGACAUUUUCAACGAUGUGGACAGGUUACAAGACCUCCUGAAAUCGGUACCCUCGCUAGAGGAACUCUCCAUCAAGGGGCACUAUACGGGCGAUGUUAGAAGAGAGACGCGCCUCUUCUUCGGCCUUCUCAUCGAGAUGGAGGGACAGUCUGACAGGUUUCUUGUCCCGCAGUUGAAGAAACUCGAUGUCAGCCUGAAGAGAAAAGGUUUAGUACGGUCCCCCUUUGAUUCCCUGCUCUCAGCAUCCUUAAAUUUGAGGCGGGUGUUGGGCCUUCGUGGAUUUCCCGUCGCUGUCCUGGAGACGGCCAGCGUAGAGAUGUGGGACGAUGAAGGCAAAAUGGCAUGGCGCUUCUCGAAUGGCAGUGAUAUUACCAAGGAGGGUGCCAACUUAGAUGCUGGUCUCGAAAUGGAAGACGAUGUUUGA